CUCAAUUUACAUCAUACAUACAUAACUUUCAGAACUACAACUCCAUUCCAAGACCCUUGCCAUCGAUCUAAGUAUUAUGUUACUACUGUCCAUUGCUCGUUGCUCGUGCCCUACUCUCUAAAGUCGAAACCAGCGAUUAUGGAUUCCAGCGUCCCGGAAUUGCACCCAGCAAUCAUUCAGUCCGAUCUGCUCCUCCCCAUCACCGACCCCGUCCCCAAGUGUACGACCCUCAACCGCUCUAUCUCGUAGGUCAGCCAGAAGGAAUUACAGCCACUGAAAGAGAAUCCUUGCCGGAAGUCAAGAUGACUGCGUUUAACGUCAAAGAUCUGGCUGCGCGUGCUGCCCAGCGCCUCGCGGAACACCGCCAAAAGAGCGAGGCCCGUGGCAGCACUUUCAGCACGGAGCCGCUGCCAAUGGACCGUGUCUCGAGUCUGGACACCAAUUCGUUGAGAACCAUGUCACAUAGCGAAGACGAACACCGCCACAAGUCGAAGAUGAGUCGGCUUGUGCAGAAGGUUCGAGGGCGGUUCUCGAAGCGUCUUGCGAAGAGGGAGGUAAUCGACGAACCCUGCGCAUGCUGCUUGGAUAUUAUGCCUGCGGAAUGCCUGAUCAGCAUGCCGUGUCAGCACAAGUACUGCAGCAGAUGCUUGAAGAAGUUGGUGUUCACAGUUAUGCCGGAGGAAGGACUGUUCCCACCCAGAUGCUGCAAGCAGAAGAUCCCAACGGAGGUCAUCCUCCCCGUGCUGACACCGAAGGAGAGGACGGUCUAUUUCGCCAAGGUGCAGGAGUAUGCGACCCCAGCCAGAGAACGCUGGUACUGUCCUGCGCCGACGUGCGGCCGGUUCAUCCCACCGAAGCAUCUGAACAGCAAGCUCUCGUCUCAAAGCUGCCCAUACUGCAGCACGACGUUCUGCUCUGGAUGCAGAUGCCCGGAGUACAAUAAUAGUACUUCGACUGGGAAGAAAGAUCCGGGCUUUAUGGCCGUCUUCGAAGAUCCGCGACUCGGUAAAGCACAGAGGGGUCUCAAAUGUGGCUCUUUGGUGGACCUCUUGUUCAAUUGUGAUCACGUUACGUGUCGGUGCAAGGCACAAGUCUGUAACCUCUGUCGCAAUCCAUGGCUAUCGUGCACUUGCGCCAAACCAGGCCAACGCCCCAUCGACUUCCUCACCUUCAUCAUCGGCCACAGUGGCGUGAAUAAAGACCAGGAGGCCGAACUCGCCGCGGUGGUGGCUGCCAUCCUAUGCAACGAAAGGUUGCGGGAUGAAGAAUUGGCAAAGACCCAAAGCGGCAUGAAGGAAAAGGCAGGAAGCGCUAACAGAAGUCGGGCAAGUCUGCUGAUACCGCAGCAGGCGACUCGGGCUAGGAGGGUUUCCUAGGCUCUGAGUAUUGGGUGGAUAGGAACCAGAUUGAUUUUUUCUUUUCUCCAACUUCAAGGAGGCAUUCUGUUUUAUGAAAAUGUAUCCUGGCGGCACACUCCUUAACUUUUCCUUUGUCUAGUCGUGUUCAAUUAGCGUG